AUGGCCAACAUAGACAACAAAGAGACAGAACUUGACCAGCAGGAUAUGGAAGAUGUAGAAGAAGUUGAAGAAGAAGAAACUGCUGAGGAUGCUAAUAGUAAAGCUAGACAAUUGACUGCACAAAUGAUGCAGAAUCCUCAGAUUCUUGCUGCCCUGCAGGAAAGGCUAGAUGACCUUGUGGGUACUCCUACAGGUUAUAUUGAAAGUUUGCCUAAAGUGGUCAAGAGGCGAGUGAAUGCACUAAAAAAUCUUCAGGUGAAGUGUGCACAGAUUGAAGCAAAGUUCUAUGAAGAAGUCCAUGCAUUGGAGAGGAAAUAUGCUGACUUAUACCAGCCGCUCUUUGACAAGAGAAGCCAGAUCAUAAAUGCUACAUAUGAGCCUACAGAAGAGGAAUGUGAGUGGAAAAUAGAUGAAGAGGAGGAAAUCUCAGAGGAGAUGAAAGAGAAGGCUAAAGUUGAAGAGGAGAAAAAAGACGAAGAGAAAGAAGACCCCAAAGGAAUCCCAGAAUUCUGGUUAACUGUAUUUAAAAAUGUUGAUCUUUUGAGCGAUAUGGUCCAGGAGCAUGAUGAGCCAAUCUUAAAGCAUUUAAAGGACAUAAAAGUAAAGUUUUCAGAUGUUGGUCAGCCAAUGAGUUUCACCUUAGAGUUUCAUUUUGAGCCUAAUGAAUUCUUUACAAAUGAAGUGUUGACAAAAACGUAUAAAAUGAGGUCGGAACCUGAUGAAACUGAUCCCUUCUCAUUUGAUGGACCUGAAAUUAUGGGUUGUACAGGAUGCCAGAUUGACUGGAAGAAAGGCAAAAAUGUUACUUUAAAAACCAUAAAGAAGAAACAAAAACAUAAGGGACGUGGUACUGUAAGGACUGUUACAAAAACUGUUCCCAAUGACUCGUUCUUCAACUUCUUCUGCCCUCCUGAAGUACCAGAAAAUGGAGAACUGGAUGAUGAUGCCGAAGCUAUUCUUACUGCAGACUUUGAAAUCGGACACUUCUUACGUGAGCGAAUAGUUCCUCGAUCCGUGCUUUACUUCACUGGUUGAAGCUAUAGAAGAUGACGACGAUGAUUAUGAUGAGGAGGGUGAAGAAGCAGAUGAUGAGGAAGGUGAGGAAGAAGCAGAUGAGGAAAAUGAUCCAGACUAUGAACCCAAGGU